AUGCCGCGCGUCAAACGUUCAAUUGAAGAGUUGGCCAACAAGUCCGACUCGGACGACGACGACUACAGUGAUCAUCCCGUGCGCACGUCUCGGCGCUCCACCUCUCGAACCAAGUCGAAGAAAAAGUCGAAACCCGCCAAGAAGAAGGCCCGUCGCGGUUCCGACGACGAUAUCCUGUCCGACGAUGACCUACUGAGCGGAGUCGACGACCUGUCAUUCGAUGAGUCCGAAGAGGAAGAUCUCAAUGCGCCCAGGAAUGCUCGCGGCUUGGUCGCCCGAAGGGCCGCCACGAACCGACCCUUGUACAACGAAGACGACGACGAUGACAGCGCCGAAGUUGACGACGAAGAAGACGACGAGCCCGCCUCUCCGCCGAAGAAACGAAAAAGUGCCGUGGUCAAGCUGAAAGUCGGCGAGGCUCUCAAAUUCUCGCCGUUGGAGAAUCGACGCACCACUCGCCGCACCCGCGGUCCCUCGGAAGAUAUCUAUGCUUUGACUAAUUCGGGCCGCCAUAUGGAGACGAUCGAACGUGGGACGCACACUCCCGAGCCGGAGGCGGUGCGGUCCACGCGCCGUGGUUCUCGUGCCGCGAAGCAGGUUCCCGCUGUUGCGGAAGAGGACGAGAAGCCUGUCGUUCAAGAGGAGUACGUCGAGGAAACGACGACGGAGGUCAAGGGGUCCCAGUUCGAGAUUAUGGAGAGCGAAUACCACGAGUCGUUUGAAGAAGCAGCGCCUCCCAGCAAUGGGCAGCAAUCUGCUGGAGACGACGUGGGGGUGGUACCCGAAUCUGAAAAUGGGGAUGCAAAGGACGAAGACGACGACGACGACGACGAGGAUGAGGGACCGAUCACAAGGAGGAGGAACCGACCUAGUCGAAGUCAGCAAGACGAGCCGGAACAACAGGACGAGGAAGAACCAGAGGAGCCACGCCGCUCUAGCCGCAAGAAACCCAAAAGUUCUCAACGGAAGCAACAGGACGAGGAGAGUGAUUUCGAGCCGGAGGAAGAAGAAUCGAACGAUGACGACGAGCUCUCUCAGUCUGGAAAUGGUUCUCCACAGAAAAGUCAGGCCCCUGAAGAGGACGAGGACAGUACCGCCGGCCGGCGUCCUGGUCUGCGUAAGCGGGCGUCUCGGUCCCGCGGACAAUCUGAGGCUGCGGCUGAUAUCGCGGAAGAGCUGGCGGAGGAGCUGGAAGAUCUCAAAGGCGGUCGAUCACGACGAAGGCUGCAGACGGAUAUCGUAUACGAGAAACCACGGCGCAGCCGAAAGGAUGUGGAUUACCGGAUCAUUCGGCCCGACCUGCUUUUGCCUAUGGAGGAGGCGGAGAACGAAGUAAACGAGUCUCCUUCGCGCCGUGGGCGAGGCGGUGGUGGCGGGAAAUGGGAACGCACCCUCUUCCCUACCUACGGGCCCUUUGGAGGCGGCGGGCCGUCUGCAAUUCUGGCCCCUCCCGGAGCGCCAGGUGCAACGGGUGGGGUUGACAGCGAUAGCAGUGAUGAUGAGGGUAUGCAGCAGGCUAAAGGCGGUGCCGGAGGGCCGGCCCUUGGUCCCUCUGGCCCCGGACUACUGAACACACAAACUCAUGCCGAUCCCGCGCAUGGCCUGUCUGGCACGCCUGCGAACUUCGGCAAGGUCAAGGAUAAACAGGCGCUUGCUGAUGCGGAUCCAUUAGGCGUGGACAUGAGUGUCAAUUUCGACAGUGUCGGUGGCUUGCAAGGACAUAUCGAUCAGCUUAAGGAGAUGGUUUCCUUGCCGCUGUUAUACCCGGAGAUCUUCCAACGCUUCCACAUUGUGCCCCCGCGGGGCGUGCUCUUCCAUGGACCCCCUGGAACGGGUAAAACGCUACUUGCAAGAGCACUGGCCAACAGUGUCAGCUCCGAAGGCCGCAAGGUGACCUUUUAUAUGCGGAAGGGAGCGGAUGCCCUGAGUAAAUGGGUUGGCGAGGCUGAACGACAACUCCGGCUUCUGUUCGAUGAGGCCCGCAAGACCCAGCCCAGUAUCAUCUUCUUUGAUGAAAUUGACGGACUGGCCCCUGUGCGGUCAAGUAAGCAGGAGCAAAUUCACGCAUCGAUUGUCUCGACACUCUUAGCGUUGAUGGAUGGAAUGGAUGGUCGUGGACAGGUGAUUGUCAUCGGAGCUACCAACCGACCUGAUUCCAUUGAUCCUGCUCUUCGCCGGCCUGGUCGGUUCGAUCGCGAGUUCUACUUCCCUUUGCCGAAUACCGAAGGCCGACGAGCUAUUCUGGAUAUCCAUACCAGAGGCUGGGACCCGCCUCUGCCGGAUGCCAUUAAGGAUGAGCUGGCAGAGAUCACGAAGGGGUAUGGAGGUGCAGAUCUUCGCGCCUUGUGUACAGAGGCUGCCCUCAACGCCGUUCAGAGAAGAUAUCCUCAGAUCUACAAGUCCGAUAAGAAACUGCUUAUUGAUCCCAAGAAGAUUGAUGUUACGCCGAAGGACUUCAUGCUCGCGAUCAAAAAGAUGGUCCCGUCGUCGGAGCGGUCUACCUCUUCUGGUGCGUCUCCGUUGCCGAAGGAGAUCGAGCCCUUGCUGCGCAGUCCUCUCGCGGAACUUCAAAGCCUCUUGGCGGAGGUGCUCCCUCAGAGGAAGCGGCUCACUGCCCUGGAGGAGGCUCAAUUCGAGGAUCCUGCGGACGGAACCUUCCGUCGCGAGCAGAUGAUGCAAGAAUUCGAUCGAUCGCGAGUGUUUAGACCGAGAAUGCUCCUUCGGGGGCCGUUGGGCAUGGGCCAACAGUAUCUCGCUGCCGCCCUCCUGCACCACUUUGAAGGGCUUCAUGUUCAGUCCUUUGACCUCCCAACGUUGCUGAGUGAUUCCACUCGAUCUCCCGAAGCAGCGGUGAUCCAAUUGUUUGCCGAAGUCAAACGGCAUCGACCCAGCGUGAUCUACAUCCCCAACAUCCAAUCUUGGUUUGAUACUAUCGGACAGGCUGUGAUCUCUACCUUCGUGGGUCUCCUGCGAUCUAUACCCCCCACAGAUCCGGUUCUGUUACUUGGAGUACAAGAGUCUAUGGCAGAAGAGACGGAUGUUGGAUUAAUCAGGAAUCUGUUUGGAUAUUCAAAGAAAAACUUCUACGAUCUGAAGGCCCCUGGCAAUGAUUCGAGGCGCGAAUUCUUCAGAAAAGUGGUUGAAUAUAUCAAAACGUCGCCCGCGCAUUUCCCCGAUCCAGAGAACCGCAAGAAGAGACAACUCGAGACCUUGGAGGUCGCACCUCCACCUCCGCCAAAACCCGCCGCGCCACUUACCAAAGAACAACUCAAGGCCCAGAAGAAGAAGGAUCACCAGACGUUGAAUUUGCUGAAGAUUAGGAUUCAGCCGAUCAUGGACCAGAUCAAGAAGUACAAGAGAUUUAGAACUGGUGUGAUCGAUGAGUCUCAGAUCCGGUAUCUCUGGGAAGAGGAUGACCCGAACAUUGUCACGAGUGAUCUGCCCAUCGAGCAUCGGACAACCUUCCGGCCGUUCGAGAAGGCUUUGGACAAGCAUGGUGUCCCUGGUCUUCGCGAAACCGUGUCGGGCAAGUUCUUCUACAACAUGGAGAUUGUGACCAUCGAGAAGCGUCUAUCCAAUGGCUACUACAAGCGACCCAAGGACUUCUUGGCCGACAUCAAGCGACUCGCCAAGGAUGCGCGGCAGCUGGGCGACCAGGAACGACUGCUCAGAGCCAACGAACUGCUCUCCAACGUCGAGGUCGACAUUGCCACUAUUGAGCAGGCUGAGCCGCAGCUUGUCGCGGAGUGCGAGAAUGUCUACCAACGCGAAUUGGAGAGAGAAAAGGCCGCGAUGGAGAAGGCCAAGAGAGCGGAGGAGACGUUUGCGUCCGGAGCAGCCGAUGACAACGUUCCACACGGCAAUACGGACUCUGGGCCGUCUAGUGGUCCCGUGGUGCUAGGUGAGACGUUCCCAGAAAACGGGGGCUUCAAGGGCCCUGCGAGACCUGUUACCCCCAACCGACGCUCGGCCGUGAGUUUCCUCACCAAUGGUUAUCAUGGUGGGGGCUCCGAUCUGAAUGAUAGCGGUCACGGCCCUACGAGCAACGGGUCUCAUGGAUCGCGGCCAGAUGGCGAUGGCGACAUCUACAUGACCAAUUCGGAGGACCACUCGGGAGAAAGGGAAACGCAAGGCAGCUCCUUCGGCCCGUCAGCCCAACCCAAACCGCCAUACUCACACACUGCGCCGUCUCAGCAGGUGAGACGCGAAUCCGGUCUUUCGAGCUUUUCGCAAAAAGGACCAAUGACACCUAUGGCUCCUGGAUCUCAGCCACAAGACUACAGCAAUGAGGCGUCGACCACGCAAACGACAUCUGACAAGAAGUCGUCGGAACAGUCGUCCGUCCCCCAGAACCACACGCAGAGCCCUGUGGCCGGCCCCGGCAUGAGGCACGAUUUCCCCGAUCUUACCCAGUACCCGGAUCGGGUGUCGCAGGAAGAUUCCCAUCUUCCCGACACCCAGCAGGAAGGUAGCAGCCAACCUUCACCGCGGCCGCGGGAGUCGCUGACUGGGAACGCAGAUUCCAAUCCCGAUAGCAAUGCGCCGGAUGUUGGUCAAUCGCAACCGAAGACGCAACCUCCUGUGCCGCUGUUUGACGAUUCUCGGCAAGCCUCGCACGUGCCAGCCAAUCUCCAGUCGCUGUUGAACAAUGAAGAUCUCCCACCCAAACUCAUCAUCGACCAUGAUUAUGUUCAGAAUUUGCAUGAACAGCUCACGCAACGGACAAGCGGCUGCUCCGUGGAGCAGCUCGAGCAGAUCAACACCAACCUCAUGGACUAUCUCUGGCAUACACGUGGCGAGUGGAACCGCAGCAAGGUCGCCGCUGGCAUUCAGGAGACCUUCAACGAAGUCCUGGAGGAUAUGCAGGCGAUGCAAGAGAUCGGACCCAUCAGCCAGAAGACGAGAGAGCAACUGGGCGGAGCCAGCUUCCAGAUGUAA